UAUAUUACUAAAGAGAUAUUUCACCCUCUCCCCUAUUUUUAUGAUUCUGAUGGAUUACGUGUUAUUUUUCUUAAUGCCACUGACAUCUUUCCUUAUUUAUUGUACAAAUUCUUCAGAUAUUCCAAAAUGUGAAGGAUUCCCUAAUUUUUGCUGUCCAGAUUACAAGUGGAAUAUAAAAAGCCAGCGAUGUGAAAAAUGUUUACCGGGAUACAUUGGAAUAAACUGUUCUUAUAAAUGUCCAUAUCCUUCCUAUGGAGAGGCUUGUCAGGCAAAAUGUGACUGCGAGAAAGACACGUGUGAUGUUUCAACGGGUUGUUUUUAUGAAAAAACUGAAUGCUUACCAGGAUAUGGUGGAAUAAACUGUACAAAAUGCCCAUUUCCUUAUUAUGGAGAAAAGUGUCAAGGAUUCUGUCAAUGUUCGAUGGAAUUGUGUCACUUUUCAGAAGGAUGUCCCGUUGCAUCAACAGAAACACGAACUCUCUCGAAACGCGUUUUUUAUACAAUAUUGGUUUAAAUGGCCCAGUAUUUUCAGAGACGUCGAAAAUGUGAACAGUAACCAUACAAAUGUCUAAUCAAAC